CUGCUCGUCUCCAGGCCGCGGCAUGGGCGCCGGAGCCCGGCCUCAUUCCUCCGAAACACCGCGGGUCUGCUUCUUCCGGCGCUUCGAACUGAACGACAGGAUAUAAAUGAGUCUAAUGAGGAAGAUGAAGAUGAUGAUGGAGAGCAGUUAGAGCUGCCGAGCGGAAACAAACCGCAGACUGAAUCCGUGCGCGCAGCGGAGCAUCGCGCUCCGAUGCGGCAGAAAAAUCGCCAUUGUUUGGAUGCGCAGCAGACCGAGAGGAAAAACCCGGAGUGUACCGAGACUGUCUGACACACAAACACGAUGAUUUCCCCGCUGAUCCCCACCGUGUGUCUGCUCUGCUUCACCCAGAGCGUGUUGGCGUUCCAGGCGGCGGUGAACGAGGACGGUCUGAUCGCGGCGACCCUCGAGCGCUCAGACUAUCUGGAGAACGUGACGGCGUACGCAGCUCAGUUCUCUGGAGAACCUCGACCCGUUCUGAUCCAGUUUGUGAACACGAGUGAGCCGGUUCUGUUCAAUGCCUCGCUGCACGGUCUCUGCUACACUGUGGGCUUACUGGUUAGACUGGGACAGAUGUGGUCCAAACCCAUCAAGACCAUCUCAGUCCUAACAAAGCCCCUACCUGUCCGCAGCGCUCACAUUGCAGACUUUAAAGAGUCUCCAGAGACCGGCGUGGUGUUUCAGAUCGACCCCCCGCCUGGGAACGUUUUCAGCAGAGUGAACAUCAGCUUCACCGAGGGACACGACCGACGAUACAUGCUCUAUAAAGAGUUCUACAGGGGGAAGACGGUGUUCAAACACUGGUUACCGGGUGUUUGUUACAGAAACGUCACCUUCCAGCUGAUCUCGGAGGUCACCGUGUUCCAGACAGCCAUGAUCACACACAGCGACAUCACACAUACACCUGUGCACCACAGGACAGUGCCAUAUCCGCCCCUCAACAUUUCCCAUAAGAUUGUCCACCUGAGCCAGAGGGCGGGGCCAGGUGACAUGUCCAGCAUCCCUCCUGAGGCUGGAGAGGAGAGUCGGCGAUCGUCCCGUCGAAUACGAGAGGUCCCCCUCCUGGAGGAGGCGCAGGAGGUGGAGCAGGAGGAGGAGCAGCAGGAGAACACGUCCGAAGAGGCAGCCGCAGUGACGACAGUGACCACGGCGGUUCCCUUCAACACCACAGCCAACUCAAUAGGAAGUAACCUGACCACGGAGGCGGAGACUCAGAGCUACUGGCCCGACCCCCCUGACCCGUCCCCUACUGACCAGGAUGAUGAGUUUGUGAACGCUGUCGUACCCGAGUACGAGGACUCCAAUGAGCCGGGGUCAGCCAUGGGGCUCCCACCUGAGACCGCCAUCCUGCCCACUAAACUGCCCCCCAUCCUGCUGGAGCUCCGCUGGCUCCCUCCCCGCCCCCCGACCAGCUACGACGGCUUCAACAUCUACAUCUACAGAGACGGUAACUCCACAGAAACAGCCACAGUGGAUGAAAACACUCACGAGUUCUUCACCGAGUUAACAGAGCCGGGAACGUACCGAGUCCUGGUCACCACGCUGAGCUCGUCUGGAGAGUGUGAGGCGAGAGAGAGCACCGCCGACACCGGCUUCACCUUCUACCUCAGUCCAGGUGGGGAGCUGUUGGAGGAGCUCCGUGAGCGUCCUCAGGCCGUCAGCAUCAGACUGCUCGACUCGAGCACCGCUGCCGUCUCCUGGGCCCAGUCCUCGGAGAACCACAACGGCAGUGUGGUGUCGGUGAUGUCUACAACCUGUCUGAGGCCAAGUAUGAGCCAGAGGAUGGAGAACACGUACUGCAGUGAGGAAAACUCGACAAGUGACAUCAUCACUAACUUGACCCCUGGGGCUCAGUACAGAGUAGUCGUCUAUCACACCAACGGGCCGCUCAUCAGUCCGCCGUCUGAGCCUGUUAUCAUCGAUAUCGAGCCGACAGGUGUGCGAGAGCUCACCGUGUACCCCCUCAGCCCGACGGCGGUCAUCCUCAGCUGGCAGCGUCCGUACCACGUGGCAUUCAGGAAGUACGUCCUGCAGACGUUCUUCUUCAACCCUGUCACCCUCACCUCAGAGUGGACCACAUACUACGAGAUCGCCGCCACAGCCUCCGUCAUCGCCUCAGUGAGGGUGACUGACCUGCUGCCCGCCUGGUAUUAUAACUUCCGUGUUUCCAUGGUGACGUGGGGUGACCCUCCACUCAGCUGCUGUGACAGCUCCACGGUCAGCUUCGUCACAGCUCCUGAGGCUCCUCACAUCUCCUCGGUGGAUUACUCUCACGGUGUUCUCUACGUCCGCUGGACAUACGGCGAGCUCUUCAUCGACCUCUCUCACUCCAGGAUGCUUCACUGGCAGGUGGUCGCCGUGGGAAAGAAAGGACCUGAGAGGAGCUACUCCAUCGACGUGACUCGUAACGCGAUGCGUGCCAGUCUCCCUCUGCCUCCUGGAGACAUCUACAAUCUGACGGUGACAGCGUGCACAGAGCGCAGCAGGAACACCUCCAUGCCCAACAUCAUCAAACUGGAGCCGGCUCCUCCUCGCUCUCUGUUCGCUGUGAACGCCACACACUCGUCCGUGACUCUGCUGUGGACCGAGGAGGGCGUGGUCGACUACUACCAGGUCCUCUGCAGACCCAACAAACCCAACAAGGAGCUCAAGGCCCGGGAGCCUCAGACAUCCACCUCUCAUGUCCUGACGGUGUCUGGUCUGAUUCCCUCGUCCACCUACAACUGCACCGUCACCAGCUUCAGCUACAGCACGCCGAGCAAGCCCGCACACAUCACCAUCAGUACCGUGGCUAAAGAGAUGAACCCAAGCAUCGCCGCCAUCUCGGCCCUGGCCGUCCUCAGCAUCCUCCUCAUCAGCCUCCUCAUCCUCUUCCUGCUCGUCCUCCGGAAGAAACACCUCCAGAUGACAAGGGAGUGCGGCGCUGAGACUUUUGUGAACUUCGCUUCAUUUGAACGUGACGGGAAGCUUCCUUAUAACUGGCGAAGAAGCCUCUUUGCCUUCCUUACCCUACUGCCAUCCUGCCUUUGGACUGACUAUCUUUUGGCUUUUUAUAUUAAUCCUUGGAGCAAGACAGCUUUAAAGAAACGGAAGCUUACAAGCCCGGUGCAGCUGGACGACUUUGACGCUUACUUCAAAGAAAUGAGCAAAGACUCGGCUUAUAAGUUCUCCCUGCAAUUUGAGGAGCUGAAGAGUGUCGGUCUGGAUCUUUCCCAUGAUGCCGCUGACCUUCCCAUCAACAGACCCAAGAACAGAUACACCAACAUCCUGCCCUAUGACUUUAGUCGGGUGAAGCUGAUCUCGAUGCACAACGAUGAAGGUUCAGACUACAUCAACGCCAACUACAUACCUGGCUACAAACACGCUAAAGAGUACAUCGCCACGCAGGGUCCACUGCCUGAAACCCGCAACGAUUUCUGGAAGAUGGUUCUGCAGCAGAAAUCCCCAAUCAUCGUCAUGCUAACACAGUGCAAUGAACGACGCAGGGUAAAGUGUGAUCACUACUGGCCGUUCACAGACGAACCUGUGAUGUAUGGAGAGAUCAGUGCUGAGAUGCUCUCAGAAACCGAGUCUCCAGAGUGGACCAUCAGGAAGAUCAGACUGGGAUAUGCUGACGAGUCUCAAGACGUCCUCCAUCUGAAUUACACCUCAUGGCCUGAUCACGGCGUCCCCACAGUCAACGCCAUCGAGAGCAUUCUGCAGUUCGUCCACAUCGUGCGUCAACAGGCGAACCGCACCAAAGACCCCAUUAUCGUCCACUGCAGUGCUGGAGUCGGCAGGACGGGGACCUUCAUCGCUCUGGACCGUCUGAUGCAGCACAUCAGAGAGCACGAGUUUGUCGACAUCCUGGGCAUGGUGUCUGAGAUGAGAUCCCACCGUCUGUCCAUGGUCCAGACCGAGGAGCAGUACGUGUUCAUCCACCAGUGCGUCCUCCUCAUGUGGCAGAAGAAGAAGCAGCAGUCCAUCACCUCUGACGUCAUCUAUGAGAAUGCCAGCAAGACAUAAUGAUGGCGGCUCGUCCAAACGCUGCGAACACACUGGCCUCCUGUGCUUCAGGCAUCCAUUCUCUGCAGAAGAAGAUUCGCUUCAUCAUCAGUAUCAAAAAACAAAAACAGCUUAACAUCUCGAAGACACGACAGGAAAAAAAAGAAUCCAGUAUUUAGUUUGACUUAAAGCACGGGACGGGGAUCUGCCUUAAGGAGCUGAACUGACAAAAUAUACCCUGGACCCUCUGAACCGGACUGAUUCAACGUGAGGAGGGAGGGGAGCGUUAACAAGCUCUGUCCUGUGAUUGGAUGUCUACACUGUGUCCGUCCUCGUUCAGACGAUGUGAGGCAACGAGUCGGUGGAGCUGAGUCAGCAGUUUUUCAUUUAAAAUUGUUUUUUUUUUUUUUUUUACUCAGGAGUAGCUGAAAAACCAGCGAGCACACUGGCCUCUUCCUCCGCUCCGAUUUUUUUCAUCAUCCAUUAGCUUUAGCUUUUAGCGUAGUUAGAAUUCAUCGCCUAUCUGCAGUGAACAGCUGUCCUGGUGGGGAAAGAAGUCCAAACGUAGGCGGUAGAAUUCAACGUUACACUGCCAAACAUUUAAACACCAACGUGCUAGCUUACUGCCAGGACUGCAGCACAUUCACUGAAGAACCCAGCAAGCAUUCAACGAAGGAAGUUAGCAGAAAUUAGCACAAAAUUCUUCUUUUUUAAUGAAGCUGAUUGAAUCAAACACUAAAAGCAUUACGAUGCUUUUCUGAAUGUAAUUUUUUUUGUCUUGUAAGAGAAGCGAAUGGCGUCAAACUUUGGGGAAAAGUAAUCAACGAACGUGCCACAUUGCUGAAUAAUUUGGUAAAAAUGUGCUGCAGCUGCAGAGUCUGGCCUCAUAAAGUUUUAUCAGGAAGUAUUAAGGUACUGACUUCAAUAAUGCUGCUCAACUAGACACGGUACUUCUGUUUUCGUACAAAGAAUUAUCGGUAAAUGUUUGCUGGGUGUGCACAAGAACCGAAGGGCACAAGGACAGCUGAAGGAAUCAGACGCCUUUCUGUGGAAACACGAGUGCCUCCUGCCGCUGCGUGGAUGCCGCUGGAGCGCUGUGGGACGUGUUCGAGGCCAGUUUAGACAAUAGAGACUGACGUAGAGCUGUAGUUUGUAUUUGCACUGAGGAGCUGCCUGACCUGCUGACAAAAGAAGGGACGAGUUUCUGCUGCUUCUGACGGUGGACAACGAACUGUACAGCCGCGUCGCCCUGUGAACCGUGGGCUCUUUCUGUGAAGACGCGGAUUAAGUUUAGAGUAGAGACCAUCGGCUGCAACAAUCCUGUGUGGAGAGAAAAAGCAGAGAAGUGGAUCGUGUAUCAGAGAGUUUAUAAAGACGGGGGAGAGGACUGAUAUUUGGACUGAUGAACGGCCAAAAUCAACAAAAUAUAUCAAGAACUAUGAAGAUUUUUGUUGCUAAAUUUGGAAAAUGACGGUAAAACUGAGAACCUUCACAGACAGAAACAUAUCUGCUUAGCAUAUCUACAGUCAGCCCGAGUCAUGUCCAAAGAAGGGAUGUUCAAAGUCGACUGAUUUUACAAUUAAACCCAAAGUAGAGACUAGCGGUUAUAUUUAAGUUAAAUUUACGCAGCUUUCAUACAACUUAUUUCUAUUUCUGGAUCAAAACACUGCCAGACUCGCUGCUCAUAUGCUAUUUGUCCUUGUUUACAUCAGGGUAGUAGAGCCUUAUGGCGAGAAUUAAUGGAAGCUGCAGUGGUUACUAAUUGAGAGCGACAGUACCAUAGUUACUGACAGAGCAUCUGACCAGGAUUUUGAUCUUUAAUUGGUAAGUUCUGGUGCCAACUAGCAUUAAGCUGGCUCUUCAUGCACAUGCACCAAUUUGUACAAGUACAAAUAUAAACCAACGAAAUUAUGAGGCUACUGACGUGUAAACAAACUGCUUUUGUUACAGUGCCUGAAAGCCUAGAUCAAAAGUUUGGUAAAGCACAAUUUAGUCUUGUAUGAAUUCUGUCAUUUUUUAUUCUAACCCAUAAUUUGUUUUGACAAAGUAACUUUUUAGGAAUUUUUUAUCUAAUAUUCAAUCUCUGUUUUUUUUUUAAUUAUAAAAGUAUGGAAUUUGAAAAAAAGGCUUUAUGACAUAGAAGGGGAUAUUUUAAGGUUAUUUCUAGGGCUCACAUAAUUUUGUACUAUUUUAUCCUUUUGGGUGCAACAUAGUAAAACUACUUAAGUGGUGCAGCAGCUGGAUGCUACUCAUUUUAGCAUCUUCUUGCAUUCACAGUGAUGUAAAAUACAGUGCCUAUAGAACUUGUUUUUAUGUUUUACCCUUUUAUUGGUUUUAUAAAUCAAUCAUGGUCAAUAUACUUUGGCUUUUUUCACCAAAUAAAUUACAAAAA